AUGACUUUCUCUGCUUCACAGAAAGAGGAUUACUCGGGUCCAAAGGAUAUGAACAAGCCGCCUGCAAAUAGCUUGGAGGCUUCGGGAAACCCAGAAGGCUCCUCAGUGACAAGGACCAGUCCCGAGCCCGACCCUUCCCCUGCUGCCCCUUCCCAGCCGCCUAGGAUUGCCAAGUCGGCUUCCAACGGUAUUCAAACUUUCCUUUCGGAAGAAGCCAAAAGCUACGAGUCAGAGCGGACCAAAGUUGGGAUCUGCAGCGCUAGGGCUCCACUAGAUGCUGCCUCCCGCCAGGAUUCUAUCGAGUCCCAUGCCCUGCAGACCAUUUCCCCUACUGCGGGCCCGGGCCCAGGCAAUGCUCAGCACUGCAGGAUUCCCGCCCUUCGAGGUGCCAGCGUUGGAGGGGAUGAGAGUGGGAGCCCGGGCAAGGGAUCGCUGGAGAAGAACAGUGCUCAGGCUGCAGGUUGGAUAAACAUGAGCCAGAGCACUGUGGUGCUGGGCACAGACGGCAUCACUUCGGUUCUGCCAGGCAGUGUUACGACUACUUCUACCCCUGCGGAGGACGAUGAAGGGGAUGAGAAUAAAGCCCGAGGGAACUGGUCUAGCAAACUGGACUUCAUCCUGUCCAUGGUUGGGUACGCAGUGGGGCUGGGCAAUGUCUGGAGGUUUCCGUACCUGGCCUUUCAGAAUGGGGGAGGUGCUUUUCUCAUCCCCUAUCUGAUGAUGCUAGCCCUGGCCGGUCUGCCCAUCUUUUUUCUGGAAGUAUCACUGGGGCAGUUUGCUAGCCAGGGUCCUGUGUCCGUUUGGAAAGCGAUACCUGCUUUACAAGGAUGUGGCAUCGCUAUGCUGAUCAUCUCAGUCCUAAUAGCCAUAUACUAUAAUGUGAUUAUAUGCUACACACUUUUCUACCUGUUUGCCUCCUUUGUGUCUGUGCUACCCUGGGCCUCUUGCAACAACCCAUGGAAUACACCAGACUGCAAAGACAAAACCAAACUUUUAUUAGAUUCCUGUUUUGUUGGUGAUCAUCCAAAAAUACAAAUUAAGAACUCAACUUUCUGUAUGACUGCCUAUCCAAACCUGACAAUGGUUAACUUCACCAGCCAAGCCAACAAGACAUUCGUCAGUGGAAGUGAAGAGUAUUUCAAGUAUUUUGUGUUGAAGAUUUCUGCAGGGAUUGAAUAUCCUGGAGAGAUUAGGUGGCCACUAGUCGUAUGUCUCUUCCUGGCUUGGGUGAUUGUAUAUGCAUCCCUUGCUAAAGGCAUCAAGACAUCAGGCAAAGUGGUGUACUUUACUGCUACAUUCCCUUAUGUUGUGCUUGUGAUCCUGCUCAUCCGAGGAGUUACCCUGCCAGGAGCCGGAGCGGGGAUUUGGUACUUCAUUACACCUAAGUGGGAGAAACUUACCGAUGCUACAGUGUGGAAGGAUGCAGCGACUCAGAUUUUCUUCUCUUUGUCUGCUGCAUGGGGAGGUCUGAUUACUCUUUCCUCUUACAACAAAUUCCAUAACAACUGCUACAGAGACACACUCAUUGUCACCUGUACCAACAGUGCUACCAGCAUCUUUGCAGGCUUUGUCAUCUUCUCCGUCAUUGGCUUCAUGGCAAACGAGCGCAAAGUAAACAUUGAGAAUGUGGCUGACCAAGGACCAGGUAUUGCCUUCGUGGUUUAUCCUGAAGCCUUAACCAGGCUUCCUCUCUCUCCCUUCUGGGCCAUAAUCUUCUUCCUCAUGCUCCUGACUCUUGGGUUGGAUACCAUGUUUGCCACCAUUGAGACCAUAGUGACCUCCAUCUCAGAUGAGUUUCCAAAGUAUUUGCGCACACACAAGCCUGUCUUUACUCUCGGAUGCUGUGUUUGUUUCUUCAUCAUGGGCUUUCCUAUGAUCACUCAGGGUGGAAUUUACAUGUUUCAACUCGUGGAUACAUAUGCAGCCUCAUAUGCACUGGUCAUCAUUGCAAUCUUUGAGCUUGUUGGGAUUUCCUACAUAUAUGGUUUGCAGAGAUUUUGUGAAGAUAUAGAAAUGAUGAUUGGGUUCCAGCCAAACAUAUUCUGGAAAGUCUGCUGGGCAUUUGUAACACCUACUAUUCUUACAUUUAUCCUUUGCUUCAGUUUUUAUCAGUGGGAACCCAUGACCUAUGGCUCUUACCGCUACCCCAACUGGUCGAUGGUGCUUGGAUGGUUGAUGCUGGCCUGUUCAGUUAUUUGGAUCCCAAUUAUGUUUGUGAUAAAAAUGCAUCUAGCUCCAGGCAAAUUUAUUGAGAGGCUCAAGUUGGUCUGUUCUCCACAGCCAGACUGGGGCCCAUUUUUGGCUCGGCACCGUGGAGAGCGUUACAAGAACAUGAUCGACCCGUUGGGAACAUCGUCCCUGGGAUUGAAACUGCCAGUGAAGGAUUUCGAACUGGGGACCCAAUGCUAGUCUUAUGGCAGCAACAGCCCAGCCUUGAUUUAUGAUUUUUUUUUCUUGUUUCCCUCCCAUGUCCUUACUUUCUUCCCCACUUACCACAUCUCCCUUCACUUCUGUGCAUGAGAGCGGUUGCUUAGAAAAGUAGGACUUUUUGUCGCAUGCUGUAGUGAAGAACUAGACAGACCACUUGAAGCAGUGUUGGCUUUCAGUUAGUGGCUUCCUACGUGUUGGAUUUUCCCCUUGUGCUGUUGUUCACCUUUAGGGAGUGGAUUGGAAAAAGUUGUUUCCACCAGUCAUUUGGGCCACAAGGAGGAAUGGUUUGAUGAGUGCAGCAUGUUUCCUUUUGGUGGCCAAGGUAGAGUUGAAGCAGAGUGCUAAGGUGUUGUGACCUCAGCCAUGAGGCCACCAGUGAUUUGGAAGAUAUUAGCAUGGAGAGUUGAAUGAGCAAUUUCAGUGAGUUUUUUCCAGAGAACUAAAGUUCAGGAGAAAAUUUAUUUUUGGAAGGCAUUAAAAUGGCAAUGAUCAGAAAGUAUUUUUGGUAUAAAGCCAGGUGGGUACAUGUGGACAUCACUGAAUUGGUUGAUUUCAUGAGUUUCCAUGAAUAAUUUGAAUUUUGUCUCUCUCAUUUGGAACAAAGGUGUCAUAGUUUGAAGCCCCUAGUUUUUUCAUUCUCAGCAUAGAACUCUGAAAAAUCAUUUCUGUUCCUUCCAUUUAAGUCUUUCUUUAUGAAGCCACAUCUGUGGGGUUUUGGGUCAUUUUUUUUUUUGUCUUUCUGCGAUCUCUUCUCAAGAAGCCAUCAUAUAAUUUGUGCCAGAUUUUAUAUUCUCACAGUAGUUCUAUGUUCUAGUUUUAACAUGACAUUUAGCUGUGUGGUUCAAUGUAGUGCUCUCUUAUUUCUUCUCUUUAAAUGCUUUUCUAUAAGCUGUGGAAAUAUUGUUCUCUUUCGACUUCUGGGAAAACAAGACUUACCCCAACUCUGUCUAUAUAUUUUAUAUAUAUAGGACAUAAACUCUUAAAGACAGACUGAUAACUUCUCAAUUUUUACUCUCAACUUUUUUCACUCACAGUAACUGCCAACUGUGGUCAUUAAAAUAUAGAGAAAUGGAGAGUUUAGUAGAAGGCAGUCAUGCUGUCCCUGGACUGGUAGAACAUUUCUAGGUCACUGCGUUUACAGGAUUUUCUGAUAAAUACAGCUUAGGUAAGUAGUGAUCAAGCCAAGUAAGACUCUAGCUUUUAAGAAUACAUUUAGCCAAUCCAAUUUUAGGAAUUCCCCAUUUAUAGCACUUAUUGUAAUUGCAUUAUAAUGAGAGAGAAAAAUAUGUCUACCAAGAUGAGCAAAACUGUAACCUUUAUUAUCUCCUUAUAUCCUAUACAUAAGUAGAUGAGCUUUUUAAAGAAUGAUCUGUGUUCAUGUAGUGUGUACCAGUAGUGCUGUUUUACAUCCAUAUAAAUAUCUUACAAAAUAAUGUAGAUAUGGUGACUUUAGACUAGAGUAGUCUGAGUUUCUUUUCUUUUCUUUUUUUGGCCCACUGUAAUAGCAUCAAAUCUAAAAUUGAUUCCUUUCGAGGGACCGUUUCAAUCAUUUUCCUAUUUGUCUCUAUGUCUUCACAUUACAGGGUCUCAGGUAAAUAUUCAGUUAAAAACAUGUCUAUUGAUGUGAUACUUUCAUCCAUUUGAAAAACAACAAAACCCCAAACCAGACCUUAACGUCACAUUUUCCGAGAGAAACCUAUUUCUUUUGCAUAAAAUACUGACUCAUUUUGCUGAGCUUUCUCUUUUCUAGGGCAAAUAGUGUUGCCAUUUGCUGACGUGGGUGUGGAACUUUAAAGUUUGCCUAAGCAGUAUGUGAAAAAUGGAAUGAAAGUGGGUUGGGAGAUUUGGUUCCAUCCCCACACCCCCAUAGUCUGCAAGGUCCCCUUCACCCCUACUUUAUGGUAGAGUUUGUUGUCAUUCACAGAGGCAGAAUAAUGCUCUUUGUACAGAGACUUUACCAAAAUCAGCACUCACAACUUAGCCUUACAGUGCUAUGCUGUUGAUUCACCUAUGCCAGUGGGUUUCAUAGGGGCAUGGUGUACUCACUUCCUGGAAAAAGCCAUAUUGAUAAGAAGCUACCAUUGGUUUGGCAGAGCAAUUUGAUCAAGAGAAUGGGCCCUACCAAAUGGCUUUAGUGGUUAUUGUGGUAGGGGAGGGCAGCUGGGGGAAUCUGUUUGGUGUUAGAGUGAAUUACCUUUCCAAAGCAGAGAAGACUUUCUAUUUUGAUGGUUGGAGAAAAGACCACAAAUCAAUUACCACUAUAUGUAUGUGAUGAUGAUUCUUCCCGCCCCCCCGACCCACUUCUGUCUUUCGGUCUCUGUCUUUUCUCUUUCUAUUCUCUA